AUGGCAAUCACCCAAGUAAACAGUAGAUCUACUAGAAGAACGAGAGGCGAUAUGUUACCUGAAGGUGCAUUAGUUAUCGACCCUCCGGCCUCGAGCGGAAAUGAAGGCCGUCCCCAAGACGAGUUAGAAGGAACCGACAACCCAGUGAACGGAGAACUCGAUGGAGAAGCUCUUCAAGAACAAAUGAGGGACGAAAUUUCCCGUUCACUUGAUAGUUUUGGAGAAAGAGAGGAAGAUGAAGAAAGAGAAGGUGCUAAUAGAGGAAGAGGUGAAGAUGAAGAUGAUGACCUCGAAGAUCAAGACUUCAACAUCAACAAUUUGAAGGAAGAAGACAGCGACUUCAGAUCUUCUUCGUCAGAUUCAUCAGAAUCAAGCAGCGAUUCUUCAAUCAGCUCGAGUGAAGACUCCUCCGGGUCCGACUCCUCCGGGUCCGGGGAUAGCGAGUCACCUUCUGAUUCAGAUUCAGUAGGCACAGUGAAGAAAGAUAAACGAAAGCCUUUAAAAGAACUCGAAAGAGAUCUAGAAAAAGCAAUCCGGAAGACGGAAGCUAUGAAAGCCAGAUUGGCGAAAGAGAAACUUUCCAACAAAGGGAAAGAUAAGGUCAGCAAGCACGGUAAGAAGAAAAAGUCUUCCAAGGACCAAUCAUCUUCGUCAAAGAAGAUCAUCAAGGAAAACGGUAUACGUUUCCAAGAUGGGGCUCCUUGUACUUUGACACUUCCGCCUCUUCAAACUUACUGGGGAGAAGCCAUGAAGAACCUAUCAGAAAACAUUCCUCUUACUGUACUCAAUCCCACUUUCAAGAUAGCAAAACAAUUGAAAGGACAUGUGAGACACGUAAAAGAGAUCAAGUCAUCUACAGAGUCUUGGAUGGUCGCGUUGCGAUACGACAUAAUGGUGAGGGAACAAGUAUUUGGCCAUAGAGCCAAAGGAGUACCAGUUCCCGACUCGAGUAUCUAUGUAGAGAAGUACGAGAAGCUGGCUUGCGAAAAAGCACAAGCAAGAGGCGAGUUAUCAUUUGGUGACACUAACCCUUAUGCGAAAGGGGCAAGGUUCGAGAAUAGAGAUCCAGAGACCGGGAUUUGGAAUGAGAAUGCGGCGAAGCCAUCUAAGAAACGAAAGCUAACUGUUGGUGUUAGAACCUCAUCAUCGACACAAAGAAGAGCUCCAAGACCCUCUAGAGAACCUCGUUUUCCAGAUAUAAUAGAGAUGCUCCCACCGUUACAAAGAGAACAGCCAGUAGCGAGUGGUAGCAGAGGAAUCGCUAGAAGAGGAAGAGGUGGAGGACACAUGGGUAGAGCGAGACCUCGCCAGUAG